AUGAGCAUUCCAUCCAGCGCUACGCACGCUCCGGCCGCCCCAUCCACACCCACAUACCGUUGGGCACACCCUUCUCGCAAACCACGUCGAUUCGCAGUCGGAAAGGUGCACAUGACUCCCAAGCGCGCAGUAUACCAGGUGCACCAGUGGCCUUCACUUUGCAAUUGUGCGCUGGAAGAUAUGCGCGAGCGAAGCGCCAAGUGGCAAGAGAUCUGGAAGCGCGAGAGCGAGGCUGUUCGAGCUUCGCUUCGGCAAGCGCAGGAUAGCAGCACUGCGAGCGGUCAGCGACUCGCUGUUCGUCUCGCUGCAAAGUCGAUGGAGCUCUCUAGACAAAAGCGCGAAGCGGAAGAGGCGAAGCAGGCCCACGCAACGGCUUUGAGCGUCGCAGAGCAGAAGGCCCGAGAAGCUAAAGCUGAGCAAGCUGAGCUCGAGCGCAUCGCCAAUGACCUCAGAGCGAAACUCAACGAGCAGGAAGAGGCGCGCUUCGUUGAGCAAGGCAUCGCUAACGAGGCUUGCCGCGGCCUCAAAUCCGAGAAAGAAGAGCGAAAGCACUUUCAAGGGCAGUGCCGCCUUGCACAGAGGGAGGUGGAGAGGCUCAAGAAAGUCGUCGUAAGGCUGGAGAGGGAGCGCAAGGUAUGCGAUAGCAGGCACAGGCAAGUGGUGGAGCGAUGCGAGCGCAUCAUUGCCAGCAAGGACAAGCAAUUGGAAGUCAACGGGCAAGAGUCUUCCACAAAAAGGCGAACCCGAUAUACGACGGCUUUCGCACAAAACAGCGGUGACGAGCUUGCAAACUCUUUCUCUGAGAGUCGAGAGGCAGCGCAAGCCUCGCUGAGGAGCAUGGAAAGCAAUGGGAAUUCCGAAGAAGAGUCGCGCGAUGAAAAUCUCUCUUUCCAGCUGGACGAAAUAGCAGACAUCGUUGUGCGCUCUGAAAGUGCAGACGAGACAACUUCGGCUGCAUCUUCAGGCGAGAAUCUCUCUCGUGGUGGAUCUUCGGACCCCUCUGGCACCUCUUCGGCGCACACGAGCGCAUGUAGCGAGACUGGUUCGCAUGAGAAGACGCGCAUCUCUCUUAAAGAACACGUGACGCUAUCUCUUGCACUUCUCAAGACGAGAGGACAGCAUCACGGGCUCAAAAGUUUGGCAGAGCUUCGCAUCGGAUCGCGCUUGCCCAUCCUCUCGCGCCAUGGGGUCCUGGUCGAGUAG